AUGACGCCUCGCCAGCGCCACCACCCCUGUAGACACAAACACGCACACAUGCAACUUCCAGCGUUUAUUGAGGUCGUGGUAGGAGUAAGAAAGCAAAAGUAAAAAGGAUAGGAAAAUGGAGGGAUAAAAGGGAGGGGAAGAGAUCACGAUAGUUUAUUGGUGGUAGCGGAGAGGUCCGCGGCCCCAUCCUUCCCUCCGCAUCCCCGCAGUGCCCGGCGGCCGCGUCCCUUGGAGGUUAUUCUGCGCGGGCCCCAGCGGAGCCCAUCGGGCGCAGCUCUCGCAGCCCCGGAGCCGCACUCCUCCCGCACGUCGAACCCCGGGGCUACCCCGGAGGGGAGCGCAGCCCACCCGGCGGGUACGGCCGUGCCGAGCGCCUCUCCACGGCCGCGGCAGCCCCGGCGAGCCCGGGGCGAGGGCGGGCAGUGGAGAUCGGAGCCGAGCGCAGCGGACAGGGUGUUCCCUUUCCGCGCUCACCUCCCUUUCCGUCGGUGACCCGCGGUUGAACCUGCAUCGGGAGGCCGAGACGGAGCGCUGCCCGCCGCUCCUUCUUCCGCGGCCGGGCAGAAACACGAGCUGGGCCUUCCGAGGUGAGCCAGGGGACGGCGGAGCCACCUCCGCCGACGCGGCUCUGCCCGGGGAGCCACAGAAUAUCCCCGGUGAGCGGCAGCGCCCUCAGCCCGGCUACCAAGGGGUUCCGAUCGGCGGCGAGAGGGCCGGCGACGGAGCCCCACGGGGGCUUGGAGCGCCCCGCGGGUGGAUGCCUCCCGGCGGUCGGCUCCGUGUCGCCGCGACGGGGCACGUCUCUGCCUCGGUGCUGCCGGUCCCUGAGGAGCGCGGCGGUAAAUCCGAGGGGGCGGUGGGUCCCGCAGUACCCCGUCCGUCUGCCCGGCGGCCGUCUGCAGCGGGCGGGAUGCGCCGCGCAAAGCAAACGGUUAAAGAUUUCGGGGGGAGGAGCCAGGCCGCAAUCCGCAAUUAAAGAUGAACUUUGGGUGAACUAAUUUAUCGGAUGGUAAGGUAGGGUGGGCAGCAACCUGGGAAGGGUAUAAAAGGCGGCCCGCGGAGAGCCUGGCCCGCGCACUCGGAGCUCCCGGGGGGCCGGGUCGGACCGGACUUGCUGCCCCGCCAUGGGCUUCUCCGCCCUGGUCGCCAGCGCCCUGUGCACCUUCCUGCUGCCCCUGCUGCUCUUCCUGGCCGCCGUCCGGCUCUGGGACCUGUACUGCGCCAGCGGCCGCGACCCCAGCUGCCCGCUGCCGUUGCCCCCGGGUACCAUGGGGCUCCCCUUCUUCGGGGAGACGCUGCAAAUGGUGCUGCAGCGGCGGAAAUUCCUGCAGAUGAAGCGCAGGAAAUACGGCUUCAUCUACAAGACUCAUCUCUUCGGGCGGCCCACGGUGCGGGUGAUGGGCGCCGAGAACGUGCGGCACAUCCUGCUGGGCGAGCACCGCCUGGUCUCCGUGCAGUGGCCCGCCUCGGUGCGCACCAUCCUGGGCUCGGGCUGCCUCUCCAACCUCCACAAUGGGCAGCACAAACACCGCAAAAAGGUGAUCAUGCAGGCCUUCUCCCGGGACGCCCUGCAGCACUACGUGCCCGUCAUCCAAGAGGAGGUGAGUGCCUGCCUGGCACAGUGGCUGGGCGCCGGGCCCUGCCUGCUGGUGUACCCUGAGGUGAAGCGCCUCAUGUUCCGCAUCGCUAUGCGCAUCCUGCUGGGCUUCCAGCCCCGCCAAGCCGGCCAUGACAGUGAGCAGCAGCUGGUGGAAGCCUUCGAGGAGAUGAUCCGCAACCUCUUCUCCCUCCCCAUCGAUGUGCCUUUCAGUGGGCUCUACCGGGGCUUGAGGGCACGCAACAUCAUCCAUGCCAAGAUUGAGGAGAACAUCCGUGCCAAGAUGGCCCGCAAGGAGCCCGAGAGUGGCUACAAGGAUGCACUGCAGCUGCUGAUGGAGCACACACAGGGUAAUGGAGAGCAGCUCAAUAUGCAGGAGCUGAAGGAGUCUGCCACAGAACUGCUGUUUGGGGGCCAUGAAACCACUGCCAGUGCCGCCACAUCGCUGAUCGCCUUCCUGGGGCUCCACCACGAUGUUCUGCAGAAAGUGAGGAAGGAGCUGCAAGUAAAGGGGUUACUGUCUGGUCCCAACCAAGAGAAGCAAUUGGACAUGGAGGCCUUGGAGCAGCUGAAGUACACAGGCUGUGUUAUCAAGGAGACCCUCAGGCUGAGCCCUCCUGUUCCUGGAGGAUUCCGAAUAGCACUCAAGACCCUUGAGCUGAAUGGAUACCAGAUCCCCAAAGGCUGGAACGUUAUUUACAGUAUCUGUGAUACCCACGAUGUGGCCGAUCUCUUUACUGACAAGGAUGAGUUCAACCCGGACCGCUUCAUGUCUCCAUCUCCGGAGGACUCCUCUAGGUUCAGUUUCAUUCCUUUUGGUGGGGGCUUGAGGAGCUGCGUAGGCAAAGAGUUUGCAAAAGUCCUUCUAAAAAUAUUUACGGUGGAGCUGGCGCGGAGCUGUGACUGGCAGCUGCUAAAUGGACCUCCUACAAUGAAAACGGGCCCCAUAGUGUACCCUGUGGACAAUCUGCCUGCCAAAUUCAUAGGUUUCAGCGGCCAAAUCUGAGUGCUCAACGCUUCCCUCCGUCUGGAUUUCUGUAUAACAUCUCAUAUGUACAUAGUAACUUUUUAUUGUAACGAAGGCCUUUAAAUAUUUAAACUUGUAAAUGUACAGUAGUUAUUUAUGUCUAAGUAUUUCAAAAGGCUGUGACAUUUUUCCCAAGCACUACAAUUAUGGGUCGCUGAUUCAUAAUUAGAUAAUUUUAUUUCUAUAGAAAUAAGUUUUCCCCUAUUUAAAAAUCUUACUGCGAGCUGGCCAGAUACAUGUUUGACGAGACGUUUCACUGUGGUGUAUGCAUUCAGAAAUAUUCUCAAAGGCGUUUGAAACAACGGCAACUAGCUAUCAUCCAAAUUAUCUAAAUCAUUAUGGUUUGAGGUUUUCAGUAUUAUUUGUGUCUAGACCUCAUGUUUAAUGUAUGAAUUUUAAGUUUGAUAAUAAAGUUUAUUUUUGAA